AGGCGGAGCCGAGUGCAUGUGUACCUUCGUAAGAUGGCGGCCUCCUAGCAGACUUCUUUUCUUUCUCCACUUUGAUUUUGACUGCUGAGUCACUGUCUCAGAGAGCGACUUUAUUAAACAUGUUUGCCGUAUUUGAACUUAAAUCUCAGCGCUGUUGACCAAAUAUACCGUGUUUCUUUUUUGCUUUGACGAUCGGGAGCUCGCGGCUUCGCUAACGGCUAACAGGAGCAGCUAAGGCGGACAAACUGCAGCAUGUCUCCGCCCAGCAAGCGCCUGCGAGGCCUGAACCAGGAAGCAACCAUUGCUGAUUUGGAAGACCCAUUCGGGGAUGAGCCGGACUUCACUCAGGAUGACCUGGAUGAGAUUGACAUUAUUGCAUCACAGGCCAUCUCCGCGACAGCUGUGCCCCCUCAGGGGCACAGCUCACUGCCACGGAACACGGCGAGCAGAUGGCCUCUCUCUAAUGGGUCCAACUCGUACGGCCAGCUGGAGGUCCAGCACGCUGAGCUCAAGAAGAAGCUGGAGGAGGUGGAGGAGGAGAUCCUGAUGAAGUGCGGGGAGAUCCAAGUGGCUCAGAGACUCCUGAGAGCUGCUCAGCAGGAGAAGGAGGAUCCGAGAGCAGAAGCAGCUGCUGCUACCGCACAGAAGGACCGAGAGCACAGUGAGCAUCAGCAGGACCUCAACAAGAAGGUGAGGAGCCGUACUCGGAGCUGGCAGUUUAAAGAAGCAGAGAUGAACCAGAUGAAGACCAAACUGAUGAGCUGUGACAGAAGCAGCAGGAUGACGUCCCUGCUGCCCCGAGACAGGUCCACUUUCCCUCACGUUCUGAGCAUUCAUGCCCAGUUGCAUCAUGGGAGCAGUAGCGCCUCCUCCUCCCCUACAGGAAACGGGUUUAUCACUAAAGAGACAUUUGCUGCAGAGUCCCCAGUUGGGACAAUGCCUGUGAAGACGAGGACAGAUGGCGUUUCCUCCAGAUCAGCUGACAGAUUUGAGACUACUCGUCCAGAUCCCUUCCUACACGUCAGACCUCAGCAGCUGCAACAUCGAGGUGGCGUCCUGCUGGGAUUGUUACUGCAGCAGCCUCUUUCUCCCAGCAGACUCUGCCUCUCUCACCUCCUGACUGUGGACACGGACAUCCACACCAGCAGAGGGACGGCUGCAGGUGUUGCGCUGCACACUGAUGUCCCAGGUGCCUGUGGAGCGUCUGGAGUCUCCCUGAGUCCUGUGCAGAGUUUGGCUGUCAGUGGACUAAACCUGCUCUGUCAGAACCGGCUCGUGAACUCAUUCGGCAGCAGAAGAAGCAGGUCCUGCCCCGGAGCUGUGCUCCUUUUGCCUCUGCUGGACCUCCUGCUGUCCCGGCUUUGCCAGGCUCUGGACUCUGUUGGUCCUACCGCUGACAGCAAUCCUGGAUCAGCCGCCGGCUUGAUGGAGGAGAGUUUUCUGCAUGUGGUGGAUUCUGGAAUGGCUGCUCUGAGGAUCCUCUACCUGCUGCUGACCCACAGUGAUGAGGUGGUGGAGGCUGUGCUGUCUGAGGAACGACGGAGACGAUGUACAGACAAGUCUGCUGAAGGCGUGGGACUGCACUCCCGUCAUGUUUUGCUGCAGAGUGUGGUGCGGCUGGGCGAUGUGAGGCUCUGCACAGAUGGCGGUUCACAGAGGGAAGUUCUUGUGUGUAGUGCCAUGAAAACUCUGUGCAUCCUACUGGAGAGGUCACGGGGAACACAAGCUGACAGGGUGCACAGUGUGUUGGACAGUCACAUGUUCUGCGUGUCAGCGAGCAGCACUGUGCGCACGGUGUCACAGUGUGUGUCUGUCAUCAGAUCAAUGACUGACCACCAUAUCUUCUCUGAUAUCCUCUGCUCCUCACACGACUCUUGUGUGUUCCUGAAGCUAUUUGAUUACAUCAGAACUCGACCUGAUCAAACAGCAUCAAACACAGACUGGACCCUACUGGACUUUCAGACGGUUCGUUUGCUGAGCAGACUGACUCAGAGAGCAGAGAUCUGGAACAGCAUUGUGCACACCGGCUGUCGUUGUUACACCGAGUUGGUUCAGAUGGUUGUGAUCGUGUCCCAUCGUCAGUGGUUGGAUCUUCGAGGCGCUCAGGACCCGUCUGACUCCACAGACUGUCUGGCGAGGAGGCCUUCCUGGAGCCUCGCCCCUCCCACCCCGUGGUUUUGGGGGGCCGCGGCAUCGCUGCUCAGGGAGUCCACACUGCUGCUUCACUGGAUGCUACUUCAUCACAGCAGCUUCUCGGAGAGCUGCAGGCCGCUGCUGCACAUGUACGACCAGAUGAUCCCGGCGGUACGACAGACGCUGAAGAGGAUCCCCGAGCUGAGCGACGGCGAAGAAUUGGCCGUGGAUGAGCUCUGCCGUUCAGACGGUGAUGAUGCUGAUGACAUGGACAUCGAUACUGGUACCUGAUUGGCUGACGGGUGGACGGCUGUGUUAGCGUGUCAGACGGGUCAUGUGACUUCCCCACGGAGGCGGUGUUGCUGCUUUGUUGACGGGUUUGUCAGACUGAUUAGAAAAACAUGAAGGUGAACUUUGAUCUUUGAUCUGAACUUUGACAUCACAAAGUUAAAAAAAAAAAAAAAAAAAACAUUUCUGUGACACGUCAUAAUC